AUGGCUUCCCCAGGAUUACUAGCGACGCAGGGUCUGCGGAUAGCUGUCGAAGGAUGCGGUCACGGCACCUUGCAUUCCAUAUAUGCAUCCGUCGCCAAGGCGUGCGAGUUGAAGCAGUGGCCAGGCGUGGAUUUGCUGAUUAUCGGGGGAGACUUUCAGGCGGUACGCAGUGCACUUGACCUGAAAGCAGUUGCCAUGCCGGAGAAAUAUUAUGAUAUGCAUGACUUCCACGAGUACUACUCUGGAGCUCGUACUGCACCUUAUCUUACCAUCUUCAUUGGUGGCAACCAUGAAGCAAGCAACUACAUGUGGGAACUGUACUAUGGUGGCUGGGUUGCACCCAGAAUCUACUACAUGGGAGCUGCCAACAUUAUCCGUUUGGGUCCUCUCCGUAUUGCUGGCCUCUCCGGAAUAUGGAAGGGCUACAAUUACAAGAAGCCCCACUACGAGCGGCUUCCAUAUAACCAGGACGAUAUCAGGUCGAUAUACCACGUCCGGGAAUUGGACACGCGGAAACUGCUCCAGUUACGAUCCCAGGUCGACAUAGGACUGAGUCACGACUGGCCACGCGGCAUGGAGUGGAAAGGGAACCAUCGACAGCUCUUCAGGUUCAAGCCAUAUUUUGAGCAAGAGGCCAAGGAUGGGACGUUGGGAAGUGUUGCUGCAACUGCAGUCCUCGAGAGAUUACGCCCGCGGUACUGGUUUAGUGCUCACAUGCAUGCCAGAUAUUCGGCUGUCUGGGAACACCAGACCACGGAGAAGGCUGCAUCGUCUGCCCCUCAGGAGGAGUCUGAACCUCCAACAGCGAGCAAUUCCGAAGAGAUCCAUCUGGGCUCAAUGGAUGAUGCCCCCGGAGCCUCACUCAAGAAUGAGGCCGAGAUUGACCUAGACCUAGAUGACGAAACGCUAUCAGAACCCCAGCCUUCAAAUGCCGCUUCUAAUCCUUCUAAUAAGAAUGAUGCCGAGAUAGACCUCGAUAUGAGCGAGGACGAUGCACCCGCAGCGACCGGAACCUCUGCAGCGACUGUCCAGACUAGCACGGAAAAGAAGAAUGAGGUUCCUGAUGAGAUAAGAAGGCUUCUCCCAGAAUCUUUCGCACCACGGACAAGUGGUGAAAAUGUGCAGAGACUACCGUUCCCAACAGAAAUCACGAAUACAACGACUCACUUCCUAGCGCUUGACAAAUGCUUGCCCAACAGACACUUUCUCCAACUGCUGGAAAUACCUCCCAGCGAACCCUGCGACAUCAAGCGGCCACUCCAUCUUGAGUAUGACAAGGAGUGGCUUGCGAUCACGCGAGUGUUUGCAAAGGACCUGCAAGUGGGCGAUCUGCAAGCACAGGUUCCUUCGGAUAAGGGAGACGCGUAUUACCGACCAUUGAUUGAGCAAGAGAUGGAAUGGGUGGAGGAGAACAUAGUCAAAAAAGGCAAGAUGAAGAUACCCGAGGACUUUGAGUGCACUGCACCGGUCUAUGAUGCCAGCAUGGGCAUUCGCGUUGAUGGCCAGCCGCAAGAGUACACGAACCCGCACACUCGGGGAUUCUGCACACUGCUGCAAAUCGACAAUCCUUUUGAUGCGACAGACGAAGAGCGUGCGCAGAGAAUGCAGCGAGGCCCAAGACCUGAGUCGGGUAGUUCAGCACGAGGGGGUCCGGGACGAGGCGGACGCGGAGGGUCGCACAGGGGAAACAGAGGUGGGCGUGGACGUGGACGUGGAGGACGCGGCCGUGGGCGUUGGUGA